UAUGUCACGGGUUAUSUGGCUUCUCCAAGUUCUGUGUAAUCUCGCAGAAAUCUUUCUUUGUUUUAAAAGACAACUUCAAUUCUCUUGUCAACAAUUUCUAAUCAAUUCAAGGUCAUCGAGGUUUCUGUCAACAACUCUUCCCUCAGUUAGUGUCGUGCUGUCGCUACCUGGUGCCACGGAGGCACAUAAACAAGAAUAUAAASCCYUGGAAAUGGCAGUCCGUGCUCUGUUCCUAUUUGUCCUUCUCUUCUGUCUGUGUGUCUACUGUCAAUCAAAGCAAUGUGUUCGUUUUCAAGACAGUCCUCUWGUGGGCUGUGCUGCUGCUGGYUACAACUAUACAUACCCUUUGCCAGACGAUUUGUCUUCAAAAACRGUAUUCUUUAUUAAUAGAUUCGUAAACACCAUUACUAAAGCGGUURAAAACUGCUCCGUGGYACAAAUGGCAGAAAUUAUUGCGUGUAUGCCGUAUGCACCAAAGUGUGUGGAUGUCAACAAGGACCCUAUCUUACCCUGCAGAAGAGUGUGUUCUGAGCUGAUGAAGAGAUGUUAUACAWCAAUUAGUCCUUGGUUAKCAGAUUGGAUGYUACGAGAGUGUCUUGUUCUACCGAAUGAAACAGCAGCAUCAGGAAAGUGUUAUGARCCCAAAGGUUUUGAUAAAUACUACAACGCUUCAACUUCAGGACCUUUGGAGAGGGGAUGCCAAAAAAUCGACAGAUUUCCAUUCUGUGACAACAUGGGCUACAAUCACACCAUGUUAAGUGACAAAUUGCAAGCUAUGGCUUACAAGUUUUUUUAUCGUAAAAAUAUUACCGACCCAAACCCCAACACRCCAGCUCCUGGRUCAAUACUUGCCAAGGUCAUGUCGACAAUGAAAGCCUCACCAAAAUGUGCCAAAGAUAUCCAAAAAAUAUUUUGUAGUGAGGUCUUCCCGCCAUGUUUUCCCGAUGAGGGACCAAAAUACUACACGGUGUGCAAACCAGUGUGCAAGUCAUUAGGUGAAAACUGCCCUGAGUUACUGACGGGAAGAGGUAAUUUAUACUAUGGAGAAUGUGAAAGAAUGGCUCCAGGAAUGACUUCUCAUGCUAUUAGUCAGAGUCAAAACAAAAUGGUGCAAUGA